AUGGAUCACUCCCCGGAAUCAGACCCUUCACAGGAACCACAAAGUGCCUACCCACAAGAUGCUUAUGACGGUGGGCAUGGCCCUUACCAGCCACACGAGCCGGGUUAUGGUCUUGACCAGCCGGGAUACAGCCCGUAUGAGGAUGAGAUUCCCGAUCCCCAAGCCCGGAUGCUGGCAAUCAAGAAUGCAAAAGCCUAUUUACUGAAGACCAGCACAAAAUCUGGCCUGAACUUAUACGAUCAUUUUGCUAGCAUACUAACAAAGAUCCUGGAUGAACAGCCCACAAAUACAGUAGACAUAAUUGAGACUAUCAGCCAGGAUGUGAAGUGGGCGCAGUUCCGGAAAAAAAUGGACACUCUUCGAGACGAACAUCUGAUCCCUCCAACAUUUGAAGCUGCAGAAAAGUGUAAAGCUUUGUUCUUCAAGGAAGGUGGAGAAGAAGAUCGUGAAGAACUAGAUGAAGAGAUGGGAGAGCCUGCUCUACCAAAUGUGAUGGAAACAGCCUUUUAUUUUGAACAGGCUGGAAUUGGCCUGAGCAAAGAUGAAUGUUAUUACAUAUUCCUUGCCUUUAAACACCUAAUUAAUGCUCAGCCAAUCCAGACCUGUCGCUUCUGGGGCAAAAUUUUGGGCCUGGAAAUGAACUAUAUUAUAGCUGAAGUAGAGUUACGGGAAGGGGAACAGGAGGAGGAAACAGGAGAAGAAGGAGAGGAAGCUAUUGCGGAAGAACAGAAAGAGAUGGGUGAGGGUGAAGAAGAAGAAGAGGAGCAGAAAGAAAAAGAACCUGAACCACCAAAGUCCACCUAUAAACCCCCACCUGAGAUCCCAAAAGAAGCAAAUGGGACUGGGACAAAUAAAUUUGUCUACUUUGUCUGUAACGAGCCAGGCAAACCGUGGGUGAAAUUGCCUCCAGUGACACCAGCCCAGAUUGUCUGUGCCAGGCAAAUCAAGAAGUUCUUCACUGGUCGCUUGGAUGCUCCUAUUGUGAGCUUCCCUCCUUUUCCUGGGAAUGAGGCCAAUUACCUGCGCGCACAGAUAGCACGAAUCUCAGCAGGAACCCAUGUCUCUCCCACUGGAUUCUACCAGUUUCCAGAGGACGAAGAAGAAGAAGAAGGCGCAGAUACCUAUGAAGAAAACCCGGAGUUUGAGCCUUCUCCUGUGUCUGAAAUGGUGGAGUCCCUUGCCACGUGGGCACACCAUGUCAAGGACAUUCUGAAGCAGGGUCGCUGUGUUUGGAUUAAUCCUGUUCAAAAAUCAGAGGAAAAUGAAGAUGAUGAUGAAGAGGAGGAAGAGGAGGAGGAGGAAGAGCAACAGGAAGAAAGGGGACAGCCCCUUCUUACUCUAAUCUCUGAAGAUGAAGGCAUGAAAAACAUCCCUGCUUGGACAGUUCGGGCUUCUACAAACCUGAUCCCGGAAUAUUCUGUUGCAAUCCUGCAGUCUAACCGGUGGCCUGGAGCUUAUGCCUUUGCAACUGGCAGGAAAUUUGAGAACAUCUACUUUGGCUGGGGUCACAAAUACAAUCCAGAAAACCACAUUCCUGCACUACCCCCGCCAGCAGAAGUAGAAUUUCCCAUUGAGCCAGGAAUCACUGAGACAGUAGACCCCACUGUGGAAGAGGAACUAGCUUUCAAGGCUGCGCAGGAAGAAGCCUUAGCUGAAGCUGAGGAAGAGGAAGAAGAGGAAGGGGAGGAUGAUUAAAAUAUGGAAGAAAACAGAUUGUUUUAACAGUUUGAACAUAAAAAGCAUUUUUGCAACUUAGUUAUUUUUUUCCUGAUCGCAAAAGAAAUUAUUUUUGAGUGUGCCUUCUUUUUGAUUUCUGUAGGCUUUUCUUUGCAGCUGUCUUCCCCUCCUUCCCCACCCCUCAAACCUGUCCACACUAGC